AUGGGUCUUAUCAAAACUGGUCUUGCCUUAGCUGGCGGUUACGGUCUCAUUAAAGCUGCAUCAAGAGCCGCAAAUGACCAUGAAGACAAGAAACAAAAACGACAAAAUCAAGAUAUGCAACCAUACCAAGGCCAGAAUGAAUCACAAAUCGGCUACAUGUAUCAAAAUCAGCCAAACAACCAAGCCGCGUAUCCACAAUGGGGCCCUAAUUCUGAGCAACAACCAUAUAACGGGCAUCAGACACAGCAAGCCCAGUCCCGUUCCGUCCAAGAUUCCCCGAUGUACCAGCCAAACUCAAUGAGCAAUUGCCCGCCCCCGUACAGCGAAUCUCACACUGUCAGGGUGCAAGGGAACCAUAAGUCUGGAUCUGCUCGAGAAUACUACUACUCUCAAUAG